AUGGAUGCCCUACUGGUACAUGGUUUUGUCCAAACAUGGAGCAUGGAGACUGGGAUGGCUAUGGCAAGAGAAGCAUUUAUUGAAACAGUGGAAGGAAAGAAGAAAGUUUACCUGGUGCUCCAUUUCGGCACUGAAGAAUUUAAAACAUUUCAGCUAAGUAAUAAUAUUAGAAGCGUGUUCCAUACAUCCUAUGGAGAAAACCAGAAUUUCCUGCUUUUAACUUUAAAAAAUAAUAGCUGCUUGUUUAUUGAAAGAUUAUUCUCCACAGAUGCCAUACAGUUGAAGAUAUUUCUUGACAGAGUCCAUCAAAACAAGCUUCAUCCACCCAUGGGACCUGGUGAGGAUGGGGAUGUCUUUGCCAGCUCAACAACACAGAAGGUAAACAACAAAACUUCAUUUGAUGAAGUUUGUAAGAAAUCAAGUAAUGGAUCCUUUGAGAUAGCAAAAGGAAGUGGAAUGCCUGUCCUUCAUGAGAUGACUUUGUUUACAUCAGAGCCAUCAAUAUCUGUUUGCAAAGAGUUGUUAGAAAAUCAACAUAAGGGGAAAAGAAUAUUUGGUUUAGAGAUGAGUGAGAACUUUCUGAAAGAAAAUAACUGUCUAAGAAACGAGAAGCCCAUGAUAGAUCCCUUGAGGUAUGUAAUCCACAAACAGGAGGAACAAAUGGAGUUAGAAGAGUCAAAAGUGAAGAGCCAAUUGAACCUCGAAUCUUUAUUCAUGACCAACUCUACUGGAAACCCUUCCCUUGGUGGCACUGAUCUUCUCCAAACUCUCACUCAGAAAAUAUUUUUGAGAUUUCCGAUGAAACAAAAGUGUAGUGAGGAUUACCCGCAGUGGCAAGAAUUUGAGAAUUCCUUUGGCUUUUACUCAGGGAGUCUAUGGCAAGGCCUCCCCAACUUGGGAAACACCUGUUACAUGAAUGCAGUCUUACAAUCCCUAUUUUCGAUUCCAUCGUUUGCUGACGAUUUACUCAAUCAUAGUUUCCCAUGGGGUGAACUUUCCUGUGAUAAUCUUAGCAUGUGCUUGAUACAGCUGCUGCUUUUGAGAGAUAUUUAUGACAUAAAAAUCAAGAGAGAGUUACUUGAGAGUAUUAAAGCUGAAAUUUCAGCAGUUGCAGAUACAUUCUCUGACGACGUGCAGAACGAUGCUCAUGAGUUUCUAAGUCACUGUUUAGAUCAGAUGAAAGAGAACAUGAGAAAAUCGAACAUAAUUUGGAAGACUAAAAGUGAAUCUUGCGAAGAAAAUUCACCUCAACAGGGUUUUGCUGGUAAUGCUGCCACCAAAGUGCUCAUUUGUCCUGUCAUCAGUAAUUUUGAGUUUGAGUUGUUGCGCUCUAUUAUUUGUAAAGGUUGUGGCCAGGCUGUUCUCAAGACAGAACUGAAUAAUUCCCUCUCUGUCAACCUUCCCCAAGGAGAAAAAGCACUUCCUUUGUCUAUUCAAUCUACUUUUGAUCUCUUCUUCAAAGCAGAAGAGCUUGAAUAUAAUUGUAAGAAAUGUAAACACGAGAGUUCUGUUGCAGUGCACAAAUUCAGCAGGCUACCCAGAGUCCUUAUUAUUCAUCUGAAACGCUAUAGCUUGAAUGAGAAUUGGUCAUUAAAGAAGGAUGAUCAGGAAGUCAUUAUUUCCAAAUAUUUAAAGCUGUCUUCUCAUUGCAGUGAAAACACCGAGCCACCUAGUCCCCUGAGCAAGAAUGUUUGUAUUAGGGAUAUCCAAGCAGUACAUUUUUUUCAAAACAUGAUAUGUGGCAUCAUCAGCUCAUUGACGUCUUCAACAAAGUUGACCUUGGAAUCCAAGGAUUCUCUGGCUCAACACAUUGGCUCAGACAAAAUGUCUCAACCACAAUGCCAGACAUUCUUUAAUGGGGCAAGCAGAGAAGAGCAGCAGAAAGACCUGGAAAAAUAUUCUAAACUGAAUGAUAUAGAGUCAGAUUUGCAUUCUGACUCUAUUCAUUUAGGAGAUGGGGCACUCAUUGAAAAAGAGCUACUAGCUGGCUCAGGGAUGAAUCUGGAAGACACCUCCCUUUCUCUGAUUCACGAAGAUAAAGAUAAACCCACCAGCAGCCCAGACACAAGUGUUGCAGAAAUUCAUCCUCAAGAAGUGCCUGAAAAUUCCAAACUAGAGAAAUAUAAGGAAACUAGUAUGUUUGUAGAGACAGAUUCUGACAGUGUCAUUGAACCUGCUGAAGAUUUUUACAAGGAUAAAAACAACAGAAUUCUAGAAGAAUUACGAAAUGUGGCUGAACAGAUCCAGCGGUGUAAUGCGAUGAGAAUCUAUAAACAAGCCACUCGGCAUGCACUGCCUCGAAGUCUUCCAAAGCCAGAUAGCCAGGGGAACACAGAGAACCUCGGAAGACCUACAGAAUUAAGUGUCCAGGAGGCUAAUGUGAAUUCCCUACUUGCAUUUGGUUCCAAUAAGAACCCUGGAAACAAAGAUAUUUUAGGUAACAAGAAGACAGAAUCCAAAGCCAAGCAACCAAAUAAAAAUGCUGAUAAGGAAGAUCUUCAUACCUAUCGGCUCAUUGGUGUUAUCAGCCAUCUUGGAGACACCCCAGAUUCAGGCCAUUAUGUCAGCGAUGCCUACAAUUUUGAGAAGCAGGCUUGGUUUAACUACAAUGAUCUGGACGUUUCAGGUAUCCAAGAGGCCCUGAUGCAGCAGAGUAGGCUUUGCUCCGGGUACAUCUUCUUUUACAUGCAUGAUGGGAUCUUUGAAGAAUUGUUGGAAAGGGGGAAGAACUCCCAGCUUCACAGCACUGAGUUGGGGAAUACCCCUCAGGAGAAAUAA